AGCAAAUAGAGCCAGCCAAAUCUGCAUACCAUGAAGAGCAGGAGCCUUCCACUGGCAGCCACCACUGCUGCCAUCUUCUUCCUCUCGGUCGCGGCCCUCUCGGUGGGCACAGCCGUUGUCGAGCACACCUUCGUGGUGAGCCAGGUGAAUAUGAUGCACUUAUGCCGGGAGACGCUGGUCACUGUGGUGAAUGGGCAGCUCCCUGGGCCGGCGAUAGAUGUCACGGAGGGAGACUCGGUGGUCGUUCAUGUUGUGAACAAGUCACCCUACAACAUGACAAUCCAUUGGCAUGGAGUGAAGCAGCGGCUCAACUGCUGGGCUGAUGGUGUGCCGAUGAUAACCCAGCACCCCAUCCUUCCAGACCACAACUUCACCUACCGGUUCGAUGUUUCCGGGCAGGAAGGUACCCUGUGGUGGCAUGCUCAUGUCCCCUUACUCCGUGCAACAGUGCAUGGCACCUUCAUCAUCCGGCCAAGGCAUGGGGCACCAUUUCUUAAGCCUCAUAAGGAGAUCCCUAUCGUUAUAGGGGAAUGGUGGGUGGAGGACCUUGCAUUCGUAGACACAACCGCCGAAUACAAUAGUGCGUCCACAAUCAAUGGCAAGCUUGGAGAUCUCUACAACUGCUCAGGUGCCAUGGAAGAAGGCUACAAGCUGGACGUGGAGCCUGGCAAGAUCUACCUGCUCCGAGUAAUCAACGCUGCGCUAUUGUCGGAGUACUACCUGAAGAUAGCCGGGCACAAAUUCACAGUGGUUGCUGCGGAUGCCAACUAUGUCAGCCCGUAUACAACCGACAUCAUCGCUAUCGCUCCUGGCCAGACAGUCGACGCCCUUGUGGUCGCUGAUGCAUCUCCUGGCAGAUACUACAUGGUCGCCCUGCCCAACCAGCCACCAAAGCCCGACUUUCAGAGCCCGGUCUUGGUCACCAGAGGCAUAGUGCAGUAUAGCAACAAUCACAGCUCCGGCCAUGAUGAAUUAGUGCGAGGAGGAGCUGGAGGAAGUUCGUCUGGUGAUGUUCCCAUGUCACCAGAGAUGCCUGACAACCAUGACAAUAUGAUAUCCUUCUACUUCCAUGGCAACCUUACCAGCUUGCACCACCCAAGACACCUGCCAGUCCCAGGGCGAAUCGACGAACGCCUGUUCAUAACUCUUGGCCUUGGCUCCGUUUGUCGGCAAGGCCAGUCCUGCAAAAGGGGCGACAAUACCACCGACAACCUCAUUGUGGCAACCAUGAAUAACGUAUCCUUCCAGCUCCCCACUGUGUCCACACCACUGCUAGAAGCCCACUACUAUAACACCAGCAACAUGGAGUUGCUGCAAGAACUCCCGGACGUGCCACCCCGGGUGUUCAACUUCACUGAUAUUUCCUUGAUCCAAACAGGACCCAAGGAGAAAAAGCUGGAGCCGACGUCCAGGGCAGCGUUAGCACGGCGAUUCCGGUAUGGAGCUGUAGUUGAGGUGGUGUUCCAGAGCACAGCAUUGAUGCAGAGUGACUCCAACCCGAUGCACCUGCACGGACAUGACAUGUUUGUGCUCGCGCAAGGCCAUGGCAACUACGAUAUGGUAAGGGAUGUGGCGAAGUACAACCUGGUUAAUCCGCCAGUGACGAACACCGUGCUCGUGCCACGGCUUGGAUGGGUGGCUGUCCGAUUUGUUGCCGACAAUCCAGGGAUAUGGUACAUGCAUUGUCACUAUGAGUUCCAUCUAACAAUGGGCAUGGUAGCAUUGUUCAUCGUGGAGGAUGGACCAACAGAGAGCACAUCGCUCCCUUCACCGCCAGUGGAUUUUCUGGUGUCAGAUGAAUACAACCUUCAAAAUGAGAAAACCAAACUCCCACAAAUAAAUGGUAUCUAGAAGAUGAUUCCAGACAUGAUGGGCCUUUCAGUAAAAGAAGCUUAUGAGCCAUGUGAAGAUGUAUUGAGAAAAAAAAGUAUGAAAAUGUAGCUGACCCAAUGCCAUAAACUUUGAGUUCAAGUUUCUCGCAGCAGGCCAUGAUACCUCUAGCAUUGCACAUUGUGAAGAAUGUGUUCUUCUAUCUUUAUAGUUGACUCUUUUGUCAGAUUCUUGGUAAAAUCAUUUGAAUCAACUCUGGUGUGUGUGAGAUGCAAAAUUAAAUGAGCUUGAAUAAUUAUUGAAAUGUGGCAUUUGUAGCACAUUAUAUUUAACUGUUUGAAUUGUAGAUCAAAUUUUAAUCAAUUUAAUGCUGUUUGAAGUUCGA